AGGAGAACCCCGCAACUGUCAAAAAACGAAACUGAAAAGUCGCAGCAGUCCGUCAAGUCAGCGCGAGCACAAAAAAAAAAGAAAAGAAGUGACGAAAGCGAAACCGGGGCGUGAAAAUUGAUUUUUCGUGUGGCCGCUGUCAAACUCUCGCCGAAAAAGCAAGGACGGUUCCCCGUCGCGGAUUAACGUCGUGAAACACCCGGAUUGUGUGCGUGUGUGGUUCCUGAAGGAACGAAGGAAAAAGGAGCUUGCAUACACGCACCGUUGAAGGGAAAAACUAAGAAGAAGAAGAAGUUCCCUGAAAAGAGUGAGCCAGGAAUCCGAAUUUUUGCCAGCAGCAGCAGCAGCAGUGUUUAUUGUGUGUGUGUGCGUACGUGUGAGUGUGUGUAUGUGUGAACGGUGAGCUCUUGUGUGCGGAGUUCGAGUGUUUUAUCGAUCCGUUCGGAAAAGAAAGGUUUUUAGCCCCGCACUCGGCCCGCGGAGCAGGACCCAGAUUGAGGCCGUUUCCCGUGGGGAAGGCACACGAAGAAGAUCCGGACCAGGGCCGGCAGGAAACGCGAACAAAACGCUAGCAACUUCCGACAGGGUCACCCUCGCCAGGACCAACGCUAAAAAGGGGAAAACGCAAAUCAAAGCAAAAUGUCCAAACAAUUGCUGAUCAUCGAGCCAGCGCACGAGCUCAAAUUCGUGGGUCCAUUCUGCACAGCGGUUUCGUCGUUUAUGCGAUUAACCAACCCGACCGAGCAUGUCAUCCUGUUUAAAAUCAAAACCACGGCGCCUAAAAAGUACUGCGUACGUCCCAACUGUGGCAUUCUGGAACCGAAAGACACUAUUGAAAUUACCAUCGUGUUGCAGCCGUUCAUCUUCGAGGCGGCCGAAAAGAACAAGCACAAGUUCAUGGUGCAGUCGAUGAUCAUGCCGGAGGGGGACGUCCAGAUCGACAGCGUCUGGAAGGACUGCAACCCGCAGAACCUGAUGGACUCGAAGCUGCGGUGCGUGUUCGAGCUGCCCGAGGAGAAAGAGAUGACGCUGUCGGAGAUGGCCGAGCUGGGCGGGGCGAACAAGCGGGAAGCCACAGACCCAGCCGUCCCCGACGACACACCAAAGAAAAACGUCUCCGGCGGCGGUGGCGGUUCCAACACAUCCGACCAGUUGCUGCAGUCUAGCGGGGAAAAGGACAAAUCAUCCGGUGGAGGCGGCGCCGGCGGCAUCGUGGAAGGAGGACCGUCUGAUGCGCGGAAGAUGCUCGAGGAGGCCGCCACCAACCUGCGCCACGAGAAUCUGAUCUUGAAGGAAUCGCUUCUUCGCUUGCAGCUGGAGAAGGAAAACAUCCGAAAGGAGUUUGCGGCGGAGUCCAAGUCGGCGUCGUCGCCCGGCGGAGCGUCGUCCGGCGAGUACGCGAACGUGUACAGACCGCCGGCGCUCGCCCAGCAGCAGCAGAUCCCGAUCAUGUACGUCGCGGCGGCGAUCGCGCUCGCCAUCUUUGGCUUCAUCCUGGGCAAGUUUGUGCUCUGAACGCUCGACGACGGCAAUGGCGGCACCGGUGGCGGCAGCAACAAUAGCAGCGGCGGCAAUGAUAAUAAGCUCUAAACACACACACACAGACAGACAGACACACUUUAGACCGACCGACAAACAGCGGAAGCUGCUUUACGUUGACGUACUGUUUCAAUCUGCAUGGAGAAAGAUGAAAAAAAACGAGGUUAAAUUUUACAAACUAAGACGUGGUGGGGUGCGCGGUGGGGAGAAUUCAAGGGACAAACACACACACACACACAUUUUACUAAUUAAACAAAAAAGAACAUGUUAAAACUGAAGAAUACCAAUAAAUAAGCUCUGUAUGGUUCAUAAACAAAAGAAGCAAACACAAAAUAUAUACAAAAAAAAAAAACAAUUGAGAAUCAGUGUCACUCUCGGUGAAGAAACUCACAAACUCACUUUCGUGGAAGAAAUAAAAAUCAUUGGAAAAUAAACCUAGCAUUCAAACUAUUGGAGAAAAGAAUCUGCUCUGGCAGCAGAUUCCACGAAGCGAAGCCCACAAACAACAUCAACAACAGUUGUUGCUAAAGAAAAACAAAAAAAACAAGAAGAAAGCAAAAUUGUAUUUAUCCUAAGAACAACAAACAACCUAGAAUUAUGUUCGCUAGCGAGAGAGAGAGAGUGGAGAGGCAGGACGGAAGCGCAUGAUGUUACAGGAAAUGAACAAUUAUUAGUUAUCAAUCUUCUUCUUGUUGCUGGUUCUAGUGAAAAACUGAAAGAGAGAAAAAAAAGUAAAAAUAAUACGCGAGACAGAGAGCAAUCUUUCUUUACCAUUAAAUUCAUUUUUAAAAUGCCUAGCAAAAAGAGUAAAAAAAACUAAUUCAAACACACGCAGUACGAAAAUAAGGGGAAAAACCAAGUAAACUGUCGCUCGUAGAGGAAUAGAUUAUUAUUAUUAACAAAAAAAAUAUAUAUAUAAUUCAACAAACACACACACACACACACACACUCGUAAGAAUUCAAUAACAAAAGAAAAAUUGAGGCCCUCUCGAAACCAGGACGCGAAGAGUGGCGGUCGCGGCAGCGACCAGCAAAAAUCAACCACACAGAUUAUUGAGAAAACAGAAAAGUAAACAACAAAAAAAAAAUCAAGAUUCAUGUUCGAUUGUGUCCCGUAGCAAGAGAGGAGGAAGAGAAACAGAAAGGGAGAGCAAAUCCUAGCGAAUAAGCAUUAAACCGUAGAACAAUGAAUAAAGCAAACAAAACAAAAACAAAAAAGUACCCGUAUUUGUUAUGUUUAUAGUUUUGACUAAAAAAAAGGUAAAAAGAACGCAAAAUAGAGAAGCGAAAGAGAAAUAAGUUCCCCCCGGAAUGUUCCUUCCAGUUCGGUUCCGGAACGAAAGCAUCAUUAACAAACAAUAACUAUUGCUAACACAUUCUUACACAUUUGUUCUAAAUUGUCUUGAUCAAAUUGCGAUUUUGGGUUGAAGAAAACACGCGAAACCAUGUUUGAAAAAAGAGCAACAUUUUAACAAUUUUCUCAAAUUUCAAACGUAAAAAACCGCUUUGCGCAACUAGGAAAAAAAAUGGAAUUCAAUCACUCAAAAUUUGUAAUUGUUUCGUAGAAAAAAAAUCGAUUGAAAAUUCAACAAAUUAUAUUUCUACCCACCACUUCUGCUAGUUAUUUUCUUCUUAUUUCCCCCCUCUCUUAGAAGAUGUGUUACAAACAACAAACUAAAAAACCAGCGAAAAAAUAUGGUGUAGGUGUGCUGCUUAACGAAAACAAAAUAAUGAAUGCAAACGAAGAUUUUUCUUUCGGUUCUUCUCGGUUUCGGUUGUUGGAGCUUUCUCUUGUAGACUUGUAAUAUCGUAACGUGCAUUGCAAACCUAACCCUACACUAACAGAAAAAAAAAACAAACAAAACAUGCUGACACACACACACACACACAUGCGUACAUAGGACACAACCAGUGGUUAUUUUGUUUUCUUUUUAUCUCGUAAAUAAAUUAUUAUUUCCAACUCAUACGGAAAAA